AUGGUGUUCCACAAAGUCUGUCGAUGCCAACAAAGUGACAAAAGCAAGAGUUUUGGUGUGAACUCCACAAGUUGCGAAGCAUUUGUAGACAUCAAAAUUAAAAAGAUCACCAAGGCAACGAAGCGAUACGACCCCUAUUUGAAAGGAAUGGCACCACUGAGUGCAGUCGUCAAAGUUCGAGAAGACCAUAAUCAUGCCCUGGACUGUGCUGAUGGACUCCGCCUCCUUCGGCCCAGUCCCGGCACCCGAGCAUCGUUCUACAAUUACUUCAAAGAUGGCCUCAGCCGAGCAGAGGCCAUGACACUACACCGACAGAAGCUCGUAGCUGGGGAGAACGAUGCCAUCCAGCUGCCCAGUGGUGCCCUCAUCCCGUCUGGAGGUACUGUCUACCACUGGUUCCGCAUCUGGCGCAAGGAGCACUAUGGUCACACAGUGGACCCGCUGUCAAAGCUGGCGGGAAAGGCUCCAUCGUACCUCCAGCAUGGAGUCGACGUGACAACUACCAAAUCCUCAGAUGGCACCUGCUGGGCAGUCCUUGUAGUCACGGGGAUCAUGAAACGAGCGCAGGGAUUGGAUGCCGCCAGGGAGAUCGUCUUUCUGGACUCAACUGCAUCAUGCGACGAGUCCCAGUGCUCAGUGACGGUGGUGCUGGCAGCAACCCCAGCCGGUGCCAUACCCCUGGCUGUACUGCUGCAUAGUUCUCAGAGCACUGAGAGCUAUGCAGCUGCAUUCGGACUGCUAAAGCGGAAGUAUCCAUUUUGCAUCGGUGGUGCUCAUGCACCCAAAGCAUUCAUGACUGAUAAUUCUGCGGCGAAAAAAGCUGCUCUGCAAGCCACCUGGCCUGAGGCAACCCAGCUUCUGUGCCAUUUUCAUGUUGCUCGAGCAGAAUGGCGCUGGCUCCAGGCAUCGCGCAACAACGUCAGCCGGGAUGAAAGGCGGGAACUAAUGUCUGCAUUCCAAAAGCUCACGACAGGCAAACUAGAAGCGGAUCCUCAAAUGCUUUGCCUGUUCGCGGUAAUACAAGGGCUACUGAGAAGGUGCUGCAAGAAAACCUGGGAAAUCCUUAGGGCCCUGCUGAACAGGGCGAAGCCCAAGGCAACUCUGCUAGAGAAGAUCCAGAAAUUCAUCUUGAACUUCCCGGACAAUAGUGAGGGGAUACUCGAGGCGGUGAAAACAGAGUUCUUCGGGGAACAUCCUCUACAGCGCACGACGAAAUACCCAAAUUGCGAGGGAGUAGACAACACACAGCUGGAAAAAUCAUUCACUAGAGAAAAGAUGGAGGCUGCUCUGGGAUGA